GAUGCGCUAUCUCCACCCCCAUCCCCAUGGCCCCGCCGGGGUAACCCCCUCGUCCCUCUCCCUGCGAUGUUCUGGGAUGGACUGCGUCGGGGCAGGCCCUGGAGCUGAGGGAGCAGAGUGGUUCCACGAUGCUUCUAAAUGGACUGUCCAGUUGGGUGAGCUCACUCUCUACCCAUCCAUCUGGAACCUACGAGCCUACCUCAACCGGUACAGGGUGAUGGACAUCUUUGUACAUCCCGGAGCCAUAAGACAUUCCCAUGACAUCGCCCUGCUGAAGCUGGCCUCCCCUGUCACCUACACCAAGUACAUCCAGCCAGUGUGUGUGCAGGCCUCCUCCUCCUCCGUGUUCCUGCACCGGCCCGACUGCUGGGUGACCGGCUGGGGGGUACUCCACGAGAAUCUGACACCUGUGCCACCUCCCUACCACCUCCGAGAAGUGCAGGUCACCAUCCUGAACAACACCAGGUGCAACUACCUGUUCACAAAGCCCAUUGUACUCAGCAGAAUCAAAGAGUCCAUGUUUUGUGCUGGUGCUGAGGAUGGCAGCGCAGACUCCUGCAAAGGGGACUCAGGAGGACCCUUGGUCUGCGACCUGGAUGGGCUGUGGUAUCAGAUUGGAGUCGUGAGCUGGGGAGUGGGCUGCGGUCGCCCCAAUAGGCCUGGAGUCUACACCAACGUCAGCCAGCACGCCCACUGGAUCCAGCAGACCAUGGCCCACGAUGGCUCGCCCAGGCUAGAGCUCUCCCUGCUGCUGUUGCUCCUUACUCUGCCCUGGACUCCUCGGUGUGUGGGCCGCACCUGAGCCCACACGACCUAGGGAGAUGCAGCGGGGAUCGCAGCGCUUGUAGCCCCCUCCACCCUGUGGAUGCCCCUUUAUUCUGUCCCCUCUGUCCUGUUUGCUAAUAAACUUGUACAUAUCUGAAUUCUCUUCACAGAGCUCUGUAGGGACCCGUUGGUUUCCUUGACCACUUUGUUCAACUGUGAUGCAUCCAGCCUCAGUCCCAUCCCAGCCUCUAACCUUGUCCAGGUUUUAGUUGCAAAUGGCAAGACCUGCUGUGAUUAAUUUGUUCCAAAAGAUGAUUUAUAGAAGGGUGGCUGUGGCCCCAGGGCAUCUGGGGCCUGGGCAGACUUGGAGUGCGGGUGCUGGGGAGCAUUCCAAUGUGCUUCAUCACAUGAGUAGGGAAGGGUGGUGUUGUUAAAAAAAGAAGCCGGGCGUCGUGGCGUACACCUGUAAUCCC